AUGGGGUUCAUUGCGUCAAUGACCCGCUACGUUGGUGGGAAGUCAUCUUCAAGGAAAUCGUCGACGGCGCAUCCUCAACGACAUUUUGACGACGACUCGAAUGAAUUGAUCCAGACGAGCUCUCACACCGCGUCUCUGGUUCCGACGGAAAGCAUUGCGUCCACAUCCACCAUGGCUUUCAGUUCAUCUGGCGAAGCCACCACCUCCACAUCCUCCAUGCAUGGAGACCACCACGGAAAUGGAACAUGGGAUAUCAACAUCCGUACGCUCUUUGAUGAGGUCGAUACCCUGGACCCGGCGACCAGUCGAGCCAUCAAGGCACUCUCCCUACCAGACCACCCCGUCCUGAAAAUGGAAACGACCAAAACACCAUCCGCGACCACCCCCAAGAAUUCAAUUCAAACAGCAAUCCAUGCCGACUCUAAAGACGAUACCGUAUCGACACAAGGAAGCAAGGCGGAGCGAUCGAGCAGGCUCCGAAUGAGUUGGGACAGGGCUUGGUACAGGGAGCCUCCAACGUCAGAAGUCAGGACACGGACAAGACUCAGACGGUCGAUGACGGGAUUCUUGAAGAAACGCAGUGUGAAGAGUCCGUCACAACCGGCUUCGUCACUGGGUACCGCGCAGAGUCCGCCUUCCACACCUAGAUGGAUUGAUGCUGCCAGAUACAUGGAGAAGGAUAUCGCUGAUGAGAAGGACGAGUUCGAUUGGCUCGAGGAGAAUGGACCCCGAAGAUCUGAAAAUGAAAAUGCCAAACUAUGGGCCGGAGAGUUGAUUGGGAGGUUGCACUAA